GCCAACGGGAUUCUGUUGAGCCAGUGGAUCGAAGAUUCCGUGAGCAGCAGCUCCUGUGACGAGAUCCUCCACCGAGUGAGCUUUUGACUGGGCGGUGAAUGUUUGCAAAGGAGAUGGUAAAACCAGCAAGAUUCUGGGGUCAGCAGUCGUAAGGCCGGCUGGUUGCUGAGUUGGCAUCUGUAGCAGUGCCUGGAGACAGCAGCAGCAAGGCUGCGUUCGCAUCCUAUAUAAACUUCCAGGGCGUUCCUGGAUAGACACCUGCAAAGUGCGGCAUCGAGUUCGUCUCCACCGGCGCUGGAUAGCCCUCGAGUCCACGGAGAAUCGAGACUUCGCAGGCUAGGGUGGGCUGCAGCAGCAGCAGAGGGAUUCAUCGAAGAUGGCCGUCAUGUCGGAAUAUCUGUGGUUCGUCAUAGUUGGAGCCUUCGUGGCGUUUGCCUUCGGGUGGGGUAAUGGUGCCAACGAUUUGGCCAAUGGAUUCGCUACAUCGGUUGGAAGCAAGACCCUGACGAUGGGACAAGCAGUGAUGAUAGCCAUCGUCUUCGACUUUCUGGGAGCAAUUCUGCUGGGUCGAGUGGUCACUUCAACCAUAGCCAGCGGCGUGGCCGAUAUCAAUGCCUUCAUCGGCAACCCGGAGGUAUACGCCUACGGCAUGAUCUGUGCCUGCACUGCUGGAUCAUUUUGGCUUGCGGUGGCAUCACGAAUCGGUGUGAACGUGUCCGGCACCCAUUUCAUCGUCGGCGGAAUUGUUGCCUUCUCCUUGAUCUGGGAUGGCAAGGAUGCCGUCAUCUGGGCUGAGAGGGACAACUCCAUCGACGCCUUCCCUUUCAAGGGAGUAAUCUCCAUCGUGACGUCGUGGAUCAUGUCGCCCAUCCUGGCGGCCGCCGGGGGCGCGCUGCUCUUCUGGGUUCUCAGAUCGUUGGUACUGCGGAGGAAGAACGCGUACAAGGUGGCCUUCUGGACUCUGCCGCCCACCAUCCUCAUCACGGUCUUCAUCAACUUCUACUUCAUUUUCACCAAGGGAGCCAAGAAGCAGAUGGACAAGGACGGCGUGCACUGGUCGUACAGCAAAACCGCCUGGAUAUCUGCUUGCAUCGCCCUGGGAGCUGCCGUGCUGUCGGCCCUCACCGUCGUCCCCUUCCUGAACAGCAAGAUCAACUCGACGUUCGACGAGCAAGGCAACCGCCUGCAUCCCGACGACUUGGAGGCGCCUGUGAAGAAGGAAACCUUCGCUGAAGCGUCCACGGGAGGCAAAAUAUGGAAGGUCGUUUCUCACGGUUGGACUCAGGACAUCCACGACGUCAUCAUCACCAACAAGACUGUGGCCGAAAUCCACAGCAAUGCCGAAGUGUUCGAGCCGCGAGUGGAGUACGCCUUCAUGUACCUCCAGGUCUUCUCGGCAAUCUGCGUCAUCUUCUCGCACGGUGCUGGAGAGGUCGGAUACGCGGCUGGGCCCAUGUCUAUCAUCCUUCAGGUGUACGAGGACGGCGUUCUGACGAAGAACAUCCAGCCCAAGAUCUGGGUGGUGGUGUUCGGCGGUCUCGCUUUGAUUUCUGGACUUGCCACUUACGGUUACCACACCAUGCGGACUAUGGGAGUCAAGCUCACGAAAGUUACACCAACUCGAGGAUUCUGUGCAGAGCUUGCCACCGCUAUGGUUGUCAUGGUUGCUUCCCAAUACGGUCUCCCUCAGUCAGGUAGUUUGGUCAUCGUUGGCGCCAUUGUGGGAGUCGGUAUGGUUGAAGGACUGGGCGGUGUAAACUGGAAGCAGUUCUUCAUUCAGGUCGUCGGAUGGGCUUUGAGCACUCUGGUUGUCGGUCUGACCGUGUCUGCGCUGUUUGCACAAGGCUUGUACGCACCUUCCGCGAUUGAUUCCAAGGCCAUCAACGAGUACAAGAGCGAACUCAGUGCAAUCAACACUCAAUGGUACAAGGAGUUCAACACCACUCUUCAGAGCUACAGGCAGGCCAGCGAAGACGGCGUUCUGGACCGACUACCGAUUGCCACCUGGAACGAGCUUAACGCGACUCUUCACAAACAUGCCAAGACAGCCAAGGAUCUGGGUGACUUCAAGAAGUACGCUGCAAAGAAGCCAGAGGCUUACAUCCAAGAAUUGAACACUCUAUUUGCGCUCCUCCAAGAGAAUACCAUCCUCACAAUCGGCCAAAAUGAUGUCUUCGACGGAUCGGUUACCUGCAACAGCAAUGUAACAGCUGCGAUCACAGCUGGGACGCUGGUGCCUUGUAUGGCUCCCAAAUUAGCUGGUGCAGGAACGGAGUUCAUAAUGUGAGCAGUCUUGGGAUUUCCGGUGUAAUCAAACUUGCUGAGCACUCCUUUCGUGAUCUUUUGUAAAUCUGCAUCAGGCAAUAUUCGAUACAGUGUCAUGUGCACACUUUGCACCUCAUAGAAUUUUGUCUAGUUCCCUUUCAAAUCCGCAGGUCGUAGAAUCAGAAAACGUUAUCGAUACGGAAUAAAUUCGCAAUUUCGGGACUCCUUAAGACGCCCGGUUAUAGUUAUUUAGCUGUUGGCAGUUAGUCGGAUAGAUUCUAAUACUUCCCAUUAUUUAGUCGAUUUAAGGUUUACAAGUGCGCACAAUAGCGUUCAGAUUUAAAGCGCCAAGUGGAAGCCGCAUCCUGUUUUCAAGAGAGUUGACUUCAUUGAUCCUCUCAUGUCUUUCGAACUGUAAAUUUAGUUGCUUGAGAUAUAAAUAAAUUUUAGCCCUGUUUCAUCACCUGACAGAAUGCAAGGGUGGUGCGAUGGGUUUGAUGGAACAACCUGUGUAAUC